CCAGUGUUCAGCACCACUUGGUGGUUUGAGAGGAACGAUAUUGUUUUUGGAAGCCGUGAAGACGUUAUGAUAUGAGACAUAAUCCACACGAAAGGGCGGCACAUUCAGUUAAAGGACCUUUUUCUAGGAUCUUGUUUGUGGAGUCUGACAGGUUUUGUUAAACCAGAAAAGCAGGAUGAGCCUCUCUGAGGAGUGUGAGGAGGACAGUUCCACCUCCAAUAAACACUCAGAUCUAGUCCAGCGGGAGAGAUCAGAUUCUUCAGCUCCCAGCUGUGUGUCCCUAAAGAGUGAUGAGUCUAAAGAUUGUCCACUGUGGUUUAAAAAUGGAGACCCCUUAUCUGGACCCAGUCUAGUCCAGCCGGAGAGAUCUGAUUCUUUGGCUCCCAGCUGUGGGUCCCUUAAAAGAGAUGAGUCUAAAGAUUGUCCACUGUGGUUUAAAGAUGGAGACCCCUCAUCUGGACACAGUCUAUUCCAGCGGGAGAGAUCAGCUUCUUCAGCUCCCAGCUGUGUGUCCCUAAAGAGUGAUGAGUCUAAAGAUUGUCCACUGUGGUUUAAAGAUGGAGACCCCUUAUCUGGACCCAGUCUAGUCCAGCCGGAGAGAUCUGAUUCUUUGGCUCCCAGCUGUGGGUCCCUUAAAAGAAAUGAGUCUAAAGAUUGUCCACUGUGGUUUAAACAUGGAGACCCCUCAUCUGGACACAGUCUAUUCCAGCGGGAGAGAUCAGCUUCUUCAGCUCCCAGCUGUGUGUCCCUAAAGAGUGAUGAGUCUAAAGAUUGUCCACUGUGGUUUAAAGAUGGAGACCCCUUAUCUGGACCCAGUCUAGUCCAGCCGGAGAGAUCUGAUUCUUUGGCUCCCAGCUGUGGGUCCCUUAAAAGAAAUGAGUCUAAAGAUUGUCCACUGUGGUUUAAACAUGGAGACCCCUCAUCUGGACACAGUCUAUUCCAGCGGGAGAGAUCAGCUUCUUCAGCUCCCAGCUGUGUGUCCCUAAAGAGUGAUGAGUCUAAAGAUUGUCCACUGUGGUUUAAAAAUGGAGACCCCUUAUCUGGACCCAGUCUAGUCCAGCCGGAGAGAUCUGAUUCUUUGGCUCCCAGCUGUGGGUCCCUUAAAAGAAAUGAGUCUAAAGAUUGUCCACUGUGGUUUAAACAUGGAGACCCCUCAUCUGGACACAGUCUAUUCCAGCGGGAGAGAUCAGCUUCUUCAGCUCCCAGCUGUGUGUCCCUAAAGAGUGAUGAGUCUAAAGAUUGUCCACUGUGGUUUAAAGAUGGAGACCCCUUAUCUGGACCCAGUGAAGUCCUGGGAAAGAGAUCAGACUCUCCAGAAUCCAGCUGUCCGUCCUUGAAGAGUGACAGGUUUAUGGAACCUCCACAAAUGUCCAGAGGUGAAGACCCCUCAUCUGAAUACAGACCUGACUCUGAAUGUACUGUAACAAAACUUAAGGAAGACUUCAAGUUAAAUCUGAAACAGAAAUUUGAGUGUCUGCAAGAGGUGACAACAAACCAGGAAACCCCAACACCUCUCAGUGAAAUCUACACAGAGCUCUACAUCACAGAGGGAGACGGUGGAGAGGUCAAUAAUGAACACGAGGUCAGACAGAUUGAGGCAGCAUCCAGGAGAACAGUAACAGAGGAAACACCAAUCAAUUGCAAUGACAUCUUUAAACCCUCAUCUGAACAAGACAAACCCAUCAGAACUGUGCUGACAAAGGGGGUCGCUGGAAUUGGGAAAACAGUCUCUGUGCAGAAGUUCAUUCUGGACUGGACUGAAGGGAAAGCAAAUCAGGAUGUCCACUUCAUAUUUCCACUUCCUUUCAGAGAACUGAACUUGAUGAAGGACCAAAAACUCAGUUUGGUGGAUCUUCUUCAUACACGGUUUAAGGAGAUUAAAGAAAUGGAAAUAUCCAGAUCUCACAAAGUUCUGUUCAUAUUUGAUGGUUUGGAUGAGUGUCGUUUCAAUCUAGAUUUUCAAAGCACUGUGAGAUUGGAUGAUGUCACUCAGUCAUCUUCAGUGGAGGUGAUGCUAACCAAUCUGAUCAAGGGAAAUCUGCUUCCCUCUGCUCUCAUCUGGAUCACCUCCCGACCUGCAGCAGCUGAUCAGAUCCCCUCUGAGUGUGUGGAUCGAGUGACAGAAGUCCGAGGGUUCAGUGACCCACAGAAGGAGGAGUACUUCAGGAAGAGAAUCAGUGAUCAGAGCCUGACCAAUAGAAUCAUUACACACCUGAAGACAUCAAGAAGCCUCUAUAUCAUGUGCCACAUCCCUGUGUUCUGCUGGAUUUCAGCCUCUGUUCUAGAGAGAAUGCUGGGUGAAGCAGACAGUGGAGAGACCCCCAAAACUCUGACUCAAAUGUACACACAUUUCCUCAUCAUUCAGACAAAAAUCAUAAGAGAAAAGUACCAGAAGUCAGAUAAGAAAAUACUUCUGAAACUGGGACAACUGGCUUUUCAGCAGCUGAUGAAAGGAAACCUGAUCUUCUAUGAGGAAGAUCUGAGAGAGUGUGGCAUCGAUGUUGAAGAAGCAUCCGUGUACUCAGGUGUGUGUACACAGAUCUUCAGAGAGGAAUCUGGGCUCCACCAGAGUAAAGUGUACUGCUUUGUUCAUCUGAGCAUUCAGGAACAUCUUGCAGCUCUGUAUGUGCACCUGACCUUCAUGAAGCAGAAGAGAAAUGUGCUGAAACAGAGUCAGUCCUCUAAACUGAGGAUCCUCAGGAAAAUCUCUGAUGUACACAAGAGUGCUGUGGAUCAGGCCUUACAGAGUAAGAAUGGACAUCUCGACCUUUUCCUUCGCUUUCUUCUGGGUCUCUCACUGCAGUCCAAUCAGACUCUCUUACAAGAGUUAGUGACACACAAAAGAAGUAGCUCCCACAGCAAAGAAAAAACAGUUAAAUACAUAAAUAAGAAGAUCAGUGAAAAUCACUCUGCAGAGAAAUCCAUCAAUCUGUUCCACUGUCUGAAUGAACUGGAUGAUCAUUCUCUAGUUAAGCAAGUUCAGUGGUACCUGCAGUCUGACAAUCUUAAUGGAAGAGUACUUUCUUCUUCACAGUGGUCAGCUGUAGUCUUUGUACUCCUGACAUCAGGAGGGAACCUAGAUGAAUUUGUCCUACCGAAAUAUGACAGAUCAAAUCGUGUUUUUCUGAAGCUGCUGCCUGUAUUUGCAGAAUCCAGAAGAGCUGAUCUGUCAAAUUGUAAUCUGACAUGGUCAAGCUGUACAGCUCUGGCCUCAGUGCUCAGCUCAGAAUCCUCCAGUCUAAAACAGCUGAAUCUGGAUGGGAAUAAUCUAGAAGAUUCAGGAGUUAAGCUGCUCUCUGCUGGACUGGAGAAUCCUCUCUGUAAACUGGAAACAUUGUGGAUGUAUUGUUGUAAUUUCACAUAUGCAAGCUGUGCUGCUCUGACUUCAGCUCUGAAAUCAAACCCCUCACACCUGAAAGAGCUGAAUCUGUCUUAUAAUAAACUAGGAGAUUCAGGGGUGAAGCUGCUCUCUGCUGUACUAGAGAAUCCUCUCUGUAAACUGGAGUCACUGAGGUUGUGUAAUUGUAAUAUCACAGACGGAGGCUGUGCUACUCUGACUUCAGCUCUGAAAUCAAACCCCUUAUAUCUGAAAGCCCUGUAUCUGUCUGAGAAUAAUCUAGGAGAUUCAGGAGUGAAGCUGCUCUCUGCUGUACUAGAGAAUCCUCUCUGUAAACUGGAGACUCUGUGGUUGGUGUACUGUAACAUCACAGACAAAAGCUUUGUUGCUCUAACUUCAGCUCUGAAAUCACAGGCUUCUCAACUGAGAGAGCUAAAUAUGUGUCUGAAUGAUAUACGAGAUUCUGGAGGGAAGCUGCUUUCUGCUGUACUGGAGAAUCCUCUCUGUAAACUGGAAAUGCUGUGGUUGGGGUUUUGUAAUAUAACAGAGGAAGGCUGUGCCACUUUGAUUUCAGCUCUGAAAUUAAACCCCUCACACCUGAAAGCACUGAAUCUGACUGGUAGUGAACUUGGAGAUUCAGGGGUGAAGCUGCUCUCUGCUGUACUGGAGAAUCCACUCUGUAAACUGGAGUUCCUGAAGUUACAGCAGUGUAAUAUCACAGAAGAAGGCUGUGCUGUUCUGAUGUCAGCUCUGAAAUCAAACCCCUCGCAUCUGAGGGAGCUGCAUCUGUCUUUUAAUAAUCUAGGAGAUUCAGGAGUGAAGCUGCUCUCUGCUGCACUGGAGAAUCCUCUCUGUAAACUGGAGUUUUUGUGGUUGAUGUGUUGUAAUAUCAAAGAUGAAGGCUGUGCUGCACUGGCUUCAGCUCUGAAAUCAAACCCGUCACACCUGAGAGAUCUGAACCUGUGUUUAAAUGACCAGAUAAAGAAAGGACAUGAGCUGCUGUUAGCUCUGCAGCGUGAUAAACAUUACAGACUACAAGAUCUAAGAUGUGAUGUUAAUGAUUUAUGCUAUUGAUCACCAAAGAGACGACAUCAAUGAGAGAUGGAGUGAUUUCUGAAUGUGUGUGAGGAGCUCCAGCAGCAGAGGGAGACACAGUGUGUGUAAAUACAUGGACGUAUGUGUUUGUAAACAGAAAACUUCAUUAGAAAUAAAACAGUAAACGAGCAACACUAAAAACUGAAUGUCUGAUAUUCAGAGAGGAAGAUUCUUCUAAUCUGUCACAAGAAAACAGACUGAAAACUUGUCACAGGUCAUGAUGUUUUGUAUGUAGAAACCAGAAGAAAUGUUAUUGUUAAUCUGUGUUUGUACCAGUCGAGAUCAAGGCUUCCUUUAUUUACCUUGAAGUGUGAACAAAAUAUGCUCCCGCCACAUUUAACUCACGAGCAGGUGCUGAUUUAGUGCUGCUUGAUAUUUUCUGUUUAGCUACGAACAUCAUACAGUGAUUCUCCAGAUUAUUUCUUUUUAAAAGUUUUUGAAAAGUUUUGAAUGUUUAUUUUCCUUUGAAUUUAUUUUAAUCUACUUGUGUUUAAGUCUAAUUUAAGGUUCUGGUUGCUUGUAUUGUAACAGUGUUUGA